UCUACCCUAGUUAUAGGGGAUUUGGCGGCAAAUCCAAAUAUGAGCUCUUCCAAUUCUUCAAGAAAAUAUGUGGCUUCCUCUGUUUCUUCAAGAAAUAAACUAAUGAAUUUGCAUAAGGAACUGUCUCCUGAGCCGCUGUAUACCUUUGAUGUCGACCAAAGAAAUGACCACGAGGUAAAAUUCAAGUUUUCUUCUGAUUCUUUUAUCUUUGAAGUGUAAAUUGUGAAAUAAUUUGAAUACCUAACAUGGUAUUGGAGUAAUCUUCUUAAAAUUUAGGAGUUAUUUGCUUGCUUGUUUUUGAAUCGGAUAUUUCUAUUGUUUGAAUCUGCCUAAGCUUUGAACAGAUGUUUAUAGUUUGUGUAAAAAUAAUUUUUUUAUCAUGAACAAGAAACCUUUGAUUUUUUACAAGCAAUAGAUGUUUAUAGUUUUUGUAAAAAUCAAUGUUCCUAAUAUCUAGUUUAUCUCUAAAUAUCCAACUCCAGAAGUGGAUUAGUACUAUGUUUUGGUUUUACAAAAUGUUUGUAGGCUCCUAAUACUAAGUACUUUAGUUACGUUGUGGAAUGCCUACAUUAGGAAUUGAAUUGUUUGUGCCCCUGCUAUGUAGUUCUUGUCUUUCUAGCUAUAAGCUCAAUGCAAAUCAAGUUUAUUUGUUUUAUUGAAACUAUUGUAUUUUGAUAAAGAAGAACGAGUCUAAUCUGUGGACUGUGGCUUCAAAAGAUUUGAAGGUAUAGAGCAAAGGAAUUUUACACAAUAGUUAUUUAUGAAGAUUAGUGCAACAGGACAUGGCCUUAAGUACAUACAUAUGCAUAUAUCAGCAAUCCCUCAAUAUAGUGACAUGUUGCUUGGACUCUUCAACAAUAUCAAUGAGUGUGUGUCGGAUUCUCCAAAAUAGUGUAUUUAUUGGGAAUCCGACACGAGUGCGGCAUCGAAAGUGAAAAUUCCACGCAACUUAGCUGGUGUUCACUCAAGAAAUGAUUCAAAACAAAUUUCAACUAUCAGUGACUAACAUAUAUAGAUAAAAUUCUUUUAGCAGUAGAAAAUCAAAACAGAAUGCUUGAAUACUAUUGAAGCUUUUCUAGUGCAAUAUUAGUGUUGUUUUGAUAACUUUCUGCUGCUAAUUUUGGUGCGAUUCUAAUGCCCUUUAGAGUGAGUAAAUUUAUGCAUAUUAAAGAAAACACUUAGUGUUACUUCUAAAUGAACACUGUAGUAUUUUUCUUUCAUUCAUCUGGACACAAGGAAACGUUUUGCUUCUCAACAUCAUUUGCUUAUUGUAGGAGUAUCCAGAUGCAACAGCAUUGCAAUUUGAAUCUUUUUUGAGUCGUAUUAACAGUAAAAAUAUAAAUGUGAAUAUUGGAGAAGAGACUGAUAAUGUUAAGGAUACUAUCGAUGAGGAAGAUUUUCAUGAUUCAGAUUAUAAUAUUUCUGGUGAAGAUGAUGACUUUCAGGAGGUUAUAGUUGUAAACAAAAAUGUGAAAGGGAGGGGACGACCAAAAAUUGCACCAGGCUCUAUCAAUGUACCAUCUAGUUCUGCGAUUGUAGUACCACCACAGGUUGUUGAUGCCGAAUCUGAUUAUGUAGAUUCAAAUGAAAUGUUGGAGGAGGUUGAGUCUGAAAAAGAAGAAGAUAAGCUUCAGGAAAAAGUUACCUAUGUGGAGUAUAAUGAAGAGAAACACAAAGACGAGCCAAUAUUAGAGCUAGGGAUGACGUUUGGAAAUUUUACAGAAUUUAAACAAGCUUGCAUGGAGUGGGGUAUUAAAAAUAGAAGAAAGCUAAAGUUUUAUCCCAAUGAUACAGAGAGGGUGGUGUGUAUUUGCAAGCGAAAAGACUGUCCAUUUAGAAUUUAUGCUAGCAAGUUAAGUCAAGAUGAUCCUACUGUGUAGAUCAAGUCUAUCAAUUUGACUCAUAAGGGUGGCAUAGUGUUUGAUAAUCCCCACAUGACACCAAAAUAUAUAGCUAGAAGGUAUUUUGAAAUUUUUAAAGUUGAUCCAAUUUGGAGUAUAAAUGGAAUCAUAGCUACCGUAAGAAAGGACCUCAAUUAUACAAUAUCAUAUAAGAAGGCAUGGAGAGCCAAAGAUCAAGCUCUCAAAUGGGUGGUUGGAGAUGAGAGCCUUCAAUAUGGUAAGCUUUUAUCAUAUAGAGCAGAGUUAUUGAAUUCUAAUCCUCGAUCAACUGUUGUGAUUUGGAGAAAUGAAGAAAAGUUUCAGGGAUUUUAUGUGUGUUUUGGUGCACUGAAAGAAGCAUUUAAAUCAGGGUGUAGGCCCUUCAUUAGCCUAGAUGGAUGUUGGCUAAAAGGAAACUUUGGAGGAAAUUUAUUGUCGGCAGUUGCUAUAGACCCUAAUGAUUGUAUUUUUCAUGUUGCCUAUGCUGUCAUAGCUCAAAAUGAAAGUAAAGAAACUUGGAGUUGGUUCUUGGAGAUUCUCAGUGAGGAUCUAGAAAUAAGAAACAGUCAUCACAUAGCGUUUAUGUCGAAUAGACAAAAGGGCUUAAUUGGAGCAGUUAAGGACUUGUUUCCUUUUGCUGAACACAGAAGUUGUGUUAGGCAUAUGUACCAAAAUUUCAGAGGAAAACACAAAGGCAAAGCUUUGAAAGAUUUGGUGUGGAGUGUAGCAAUUGUCAGUAAUGAAAUAACAUUCAAGAAAUGUAUGGAAAAAAUUGAGCAAGAAGAUAGAGAGGCAAGAAAUUGGUUCAACCAUCCAGAAAGACCAUUUCAAAGUUGGACUAGAGCCUUAUUUAAAACAAAUAUUAGAUGUGAUAUGUUGCUCAACAAUUUGUGUGAAAGCUUCAACAAGUAUAUACUUGAUGCCAGGGAUAAACCAAUCAUUACAAUGCUAGAAAUGAUAAAGAAUAAGCUAAUGAAGAGAUUGCAUAGCAAGAGAAUCUGGAUUGAAAAAUAUCAAGAUAAGAUUUGCCCCAAAAUUGUCAAAAAACUUAACAAAAUUAGUAAUGAGGCUGUUAUGUUUAAACCUGACUAUUCAGGGGGACCAAAGGUGUUGGUUAAUGGACCUGGGGGACCAUAUGUGGUGGAUAUGAUGGCUAAGAGUUGUACUUGUCGGAGAUUUGAGCUAACUGGAUUACCAUGUCCUCAUGCAUAUAUCAGUAUUAUUGAUAACAGUGAAAAAGUGGAAGAUUAUGUGAAUCCAUUAUAUCAUAUUGAUACCUUCAAGAAUGUGUAUUCUCAUUACAUCAACCCAACAAAUCAUGAAGAUCAUUGGCCAAAAAUAUUAAAUGGUGGACAAGUUUUUCCUCCUAAUGUUGUGAAGAAAAAGAGGGGGAGGAAGCCCAAAAAUAGGAAGAAAGAGCCAGAAGAAUUAGAGAAGCAAAAAGCUGCUGAAACUACUAAAAAAAGAGCUCGAAAGAAGACCGAAAACAUGAAACCUCAGAAGUUGUCAAAAAAAGGCUUUGUAAAAGGAAGGUGUUCAAUUUGCAAGGAGGAGGGUCAUAAUGCAAAAGGUCAUUAUAAUGUGCUCAAAAAGGUUGUUGGCACAUCUUCCAAUCAAUCUCCAGGUCAGACCUUAGAGCAAGCUGAAAAUGAUGACUUCUGGGACUAUUCUAAAUUUUAUCAUCCAGAAAUGUGAGUAAAUUCCCAAAUGAAUUUGAACUUCACAAAGCAGUCAAAUACAACUCAGGUGUAUGCUGAAUCUGUUGAUUGAUCUUCCACUAAAAAGUGAAGAAAUCAUUUUGAAAGAGAAGAAAUGAAGGAUUAUGUAGUUGCUUUGCAGAAGGAGAGAAACUCUAGCAAACAUUUGAGAUUAUGUAUUCGUGUCUUUUGUUAGUUAUGUGAAGCACCUCUUUAGACA